UGUUGCUCUUCCGACUUUUGCGCCGGAAGUUGAAAGAUUGCGAGCAGGGAAACGCCGGAGUGCUCGUGGUGAGCUCCUUAAGGAAGGUCACACUGUUUCAGCUGCUCCUGUUCAGGUCGGGCUAAAGACGGUGUUCACUUAUUGAGGCAGUCCAAUCAGGCAGAUCCACAGGGACAUUUUUGUGGCAUAGUGCUUUGAUUGAGCGUUUCAUGUGGCCUCAGUCGGACGCCCACAGCCAUGUCGGGCAUGACGAUCAACCUGUGUUCCUCGGAUGAAGAUCCGCCGGCAAAUGUUCCUUCAGGAAGCGGGAACGAUAAACACAAAAAGUUUCUUCAAAGGAGGAAAUUCUUGGAGCGAAGCGGCUACCUUAAGGACAAACAGAACAAACGCAACCGCAGGAAGGGACAGUUCAAACAGGGGCACGGGCCUCAGGAGCAGACUCCAUGGAGAAACGGAAUGAGGCAGCUGCUGCCUCCUGCUGCCUCACCUCACGGACCAAACAGAGCCGUCGCUGCAAACUGCGGCUCCAAACCCUCUGCGUCCAUAAACAGCUCUGCUUCCCUGACUGUCACUGUGACCAACACCGGCAGCCCGGGACGGUCGACCAAAACUGUAAACAUAAAGUCAGCCGCCACCGCCUCAGUAACAAGCAGCCAGAAACCCACUGCCACCCUCCCCAGCGGUUCAGCAACAUGCGUAAACCCAACGAAGUACCUCGCUAUUGACUGUGAGAUGGUGGGCACGGGCCCCAAAGGCAGCAUCAGUCAGCUGGCACGCUGCAGCAUAGUGUCCUACGACGGAGACGUGGUGUACGACAAGUUCAUCAAGCCCUCCGUGCCUGUGACCGACUACCGCACUCGCUGGAGCGGCAUCCGGCAGAGCGACCUGGCCAAGGCCACGCCGUUCACCGACGCCAGGAAGGAGAUACUCAAGAUGCUGAUGGGGAAGGUGGUGAUCGGCCACGCCGUGCACAACGACUUCAAGGUGCUGGGCUACUGCCACCCUGCCGCCCUGACCAGAGACACGUCCCGCAUCCCGCUGCUCAACGCCAAGGCCGGCUUCUGCGAGAGGGAGGUCGCCUCACUGAAGAGACUCACCAAGGCCAUAUUCAAUCGAGACAUCCAGACGGGGAAGAGGGGUCACUCGUCGGUGGAGGACGCCAAAGCCACCAUGGAGCUGUACAAGGUGGUGGAGGCCGAGUGGGAGAGGAAGUUAGUCUCCAAGUCGUAGGCCGGCGAGUGCCAGCUUUGCAGACAAUUUGGUAAUAAAUAUGGACUUUUGAUGUGGCAGGUGAUCGGUGUGUUGAUUAAAGAGACCGCCUGCUCACUGAGAGUCUCCAGGUUCAAGCUCUGCCAGCAUCCGGAUGAAGUUUUACUGAACAGGACGCUGAAACCCACUGGAAGAUGCUCUGAGGAGGGGCGUCAGCAAACUGCCUGACAUUUACAACUGUACUGCCUCAUGAGAGGAGGAGGAGAAGAAGAAGAAGAGGAAGAAGAAGGAGAGUACUUUUACUUCCAGAGCCUGUGACCCUCAGUUUUAAAGCAACUGCCUUCUGUCUCAGGGUUUGCUUUUAUUUAUGGUGCUUCUGCCACAAGGGGGCAGUCAUGUGAAACCAACCUGAAAUGAAACCAUAAGUACACUAGAAAGCAGUGUACUACAUUGGAAGUACUAUUAGUACUUCGUUAAAUUGGGAUGCAGUUUGUCUAGACUUGUUUCUCUAGGCAAGACCAGUUUUAUAUGGGAAAGACAUUAAAAAUAUUAACCCUUGGUUUGCAUGUUUACUUUUAAGCAUAACUGAUCUUUUCAUUGUUAUGGAACAAGGUUCAAAUAAAUUUACAUGAAAGAAUCUGUUAGGGUAAAAGUAAAAGGGUGACAGUGGUUCAUUUCACAUAAGUGAUCAUUAGAGAAUUUCCACAAGGUUUCAUUAAAGUUUUGUGAAUCGACUCUGCAGUGAAACUGUCAGGGUGUCGUUCGACCCAGACUCACGCCACAGCCCCUCGGCUGUCUUAUUCAUGGUUUUGUUCUUUCCAUUUGGGCCUGCAUAAUCAAGAAAAAAUAUGAUCUGUUAUUGAUUAUGAGUCAAUUUACACUUUUGUGAUAGAAUGUCAUUUAUUUGUCAUGUCAGGAUGCUCCACUAUCUCUCUAUUUAAAAAAAAAAAAACAGGUUACUUGUUGCUAC